AUGACCACCACCGCUCUGCCGUCUGAGACGGCUAUGCGCCGUAUGGCCACCACCGAUUCGACCCCCACCAACUCGACCAAUAUCUCCCCGAUUGAUAGCCCUCGAUCCUCACCGUCCUCCACUUCCCUCUCCUCGUUGGCCUCGGAGGACGCUGUCCAGACCAAGCGACAGCUGCAAGAGCCGGCACAACUGGUCGACUCGUAUGGCAAUAAGUUCGAGAUCCCCGACUAUACCAUCGGUGAUAUCCACAAGGCCAUUCCCAAGCACUGCUUCGAGCGAUCUGCUGCCACCGGCCUGUACUAUGUCGCCCGUGACAUGGUCUCUCUGGCCACCGUCUUUUACCUUGCCAACCGCCUCAUUACGCCGGAAAACAUUCCCUCCACACCCCUAAGAGCUGGACUCUGGGCUGUGUAUACCUUCGUUCAGGGUCUGUUCGGCACCGGCUUGUGGGUUUUGGCCCAUGAAUGUGGUCACCAGUCUUUCUCUCCCAGCAAAGUUCUCAACGACACCGUCGGCUGGAUCUGCCACUCCCUGCUCUUGGUCCCAUACUUCUCGUGGAAGAUCUCGCAUGGCAAGCACCACAAGGCCACCGGCCACAUGGAACGUGACAUGGUCUUCGUACCAAAGACUCGCGAAGAGUACGCCAGCCGGGUUGGCAAGAUGGUGCACGAGCUCAACGAACUUACCGAAGAGACCCCCUUGGCGACUGCAUUCCACCUCUUCUACCAGCAGCUUGGUGGCUGGCCUGUGUACCUGAUGGCCAACGUCACCGGCCACAACAAGCAUGGAGGUCAGAGAAACGGUCGUGGUGAAGGUUACAAGAACGGCUUUUUUGGCGGUGUCAACCACUUCGACCCUCGCAGCCCCUUGUAUGACGCCAAAGAUUCGCACUUGAUCCUCCUGAGUGAUCUGGGUCUCCUGAUUGUCGGCACUGCUCUGUAUCAGAUCGGCAAGAACUUCGGUUGGGCUAAUCUCCUCGUCUGGUACAUCCUGCCUUACCUCUGGGUGAACCAUUGGCUUGUUGCCAUCACUUUCCUUCAGCACACCGACCCCUCGCUUCCCCACUACUCUCCCACGUCUUGGACCUACACCCGUGGCGCUGCGGCCACCAUCGAUCGUGAAUUUGGUUUCAUUGGUCGUCAACUCUUCCACGGGAUUAUCGAAACCCACGUUCUGCACCACUAUGUCAGCACCAUUCCCUUCUAUCACGCAGACGAGGCAUCGGACGCCAUCAAGGUCGUUAUGGGCAAGCACUACCGUGCCGACACCCGAGGAGGACCGCUGGGUUUCCUCAAGGCUCUUUUCACCAACAUGCACACCUGCCACUGGGUUGAGACCCUGCCAGGCACCGAAGGUGAGAAUGCCGGUGUGUACUUUUUCCGGAACCGGAACGGCAAGAAUCUGUCUCCCAAGGUUCUGCAGCCAGGACAGAAGGCCUAA